AUGGCAUUCUCUUCCAUGAAACUAAAAAAUGCAGUGGCAAAUGCUACUGAUCCAAAAUUAAGAGCAGAUAACUGGCAGUAUAUAAUGGACGUCUGUGAUUUAGUCCGCGAAGAUCCUGAAGAAGCUAGUGAUUCGGUUGUGGAUUUGGUGGAAAAGGUUAUUUCCAAGGGGAAUGGGAAUUCUAUCCUAAGAAGCUUAUCUUUAAUCCUAUCAUUAGCUGAAAAUUGUGGUUCAAGACUACAACAGAAGAUUGGUUCUAAACAUUUUAGUCAUUUGUUAUAUACAGAAUUAGUUGAUAAUCCUAACUCUCAUAUAACUAUUAGGACAGAAACUGCUAAAAUGAUAGACACCUUGGCCAAACUUUUUGCUAACGAUCCCUCUUUGAGAUAUAUGAUCGAUACACGUAAUUUGAUUAUGAGGAAUUAUCCAAAUCUUUUAUCUGAUCUAGCAAAAAUACCAGCCUCAAAUUCACAUCCUGUUAUUCCCUCAAAAAAACAAGAUUCUGGUUACAACGAAGAUGAAACAUUACAAGAAGCCCUAAGAUUAUCAUUGGAAGAAUUUGAAGCUGAGAAGAAGAGAAAGGAACAGCAACAAAAGACACAGGAUAACUCAGCCUCCAACAGUAAUAAUAACGCCAAACCAACCACUGUUCCAGCAUCCCAGCCUGGUAAACCUAAGAUAAGGAAAGUACGUGCAAUGUACGACUUGACAUCAAACGAACCAGACGAAUUAUCUUUUAAAAAGGACGAUAUAAUUAGAGUACUAGAUGUUGUAUACAAAGACUGGUGGAGAGGGUCUUUGAGGGGGAAAAUCGGUAUAUUCCCUUUGAAUUAUGUGGUUCCAGUACAAGAAAAAACAAAAGAUGAAUUAUUAUUAGAGGAUCAACAGGAAAAAAAUAUACUAAACAAGCAUCAAGAGAUUAAUAAUUUGCAACAUAUUUUAAGAACAUCGUCGACAGAUAUUCCCAACGAUACCAGCCCGCAAAUAAAUCAAAUGUAUAAUUCAGUCAUUCCAUUAAGGCCUCAAAUUACCAAAAUGAUUGGCAAAUAUGCGGAAAAAAGAGACGAUUUGUUAUCUCUACAUGAGGUGCUAUCAAGCGCAGAAGCUGAGUAUAACAAGUUAUUAAAUAACGCGGCAAACAUAUAUGGGUCAUAUCAACGCCAACCACCGCAACAACAACAACAACAACAACAACAACAACAGGAUUAUACACAAUAUGCUUCCCCUGCAAACAAUGGAUUUGCUCCCGGUUACGGUAUGGAUUCUAGACCUUAG